GUAAUGCUCAAAAAUAACAUUGUUUAACAUUGACCUAUUAAUCAUUUAAUAUACGUUUUGUACAUGCGAACAUAAAUAUUAAAUAUGAAUAACUUAAUUUAUUACGAUCAGAGUCCUUCUGGGCGUCAUCAGAAAAAUUAUGAUCAUAAUGUAGAAAACCAAGAUUGCGAUUUACAUAGUAAAUUUUAUAAAGUUGUGAAAUUCGUUGGUGUUUUAUGUGCAUUUACUAUUGUCUCUUUAAAACUGUUUAUACUCAAUAGGCCAUAUAUAGAAAGUAAAUUAUUUAGCAAUAAGUUGGUGUUAACUGAAUGGGUUGAAGAUGGAACGUCCUACUUUACAUACAGAUGGACAAAAGAAACUGUAGGCGAGCCAUACUUAAUACCCUUUUCUGUGAGUGUCCUUGUGACUCUAUUUACAUGGGUUAUAAUUUAUUUAGAUAGUCGAACGCCUGGAGAAAAUCCGCCAUCACCUUUUGCUAAAUCUAAGUACAGGAAUAGAUCUUCAACAUUUCACAUGGGAUACAUUAUGGCAUUAUUAAGUGGUGUUGCCACCUUUGGUGCCAUGCUGUUUGCAACUUCUUGAGUCAAUAUGAUUUAUUGAAAAACAUAGUUUAUAAAUAUUUAAGUGCAUGUUUAUUCAAGAACUAGAAUCUCAAAUCAUUCUGA